UAUGAGGAGCCCAUGUGGUACCUCCACUGCUUUCAUGGGACUGGCACAAAGGGCAGAGUUAGCUUUUGCUGGUGGAGCCUUGGAGCUGCCUCAACUUCUCCUUGCUGCUGCCAAAUACAUUCCCAGUCCUUUCUGCACUUGGACCCAACCCAGCUGCUCUCCUGACUCUGCUGAGCUGCAGAAGGCAGGAGCUAUGACCCAGGUGGUGGAGGGGUUGCCUGGGCCCUUGCACUGACAUCUCAUGUGAUGGGAUAUGAGCUGGGCAUGAAGCCAGGAAAGAGCUCUGUGAGCUUGCUUUGAAGGUGAUCUGUGUAAUCAAUCUGCCUGGGAGCAGCUUGUGCUGUGGGAAGCAGCCUGGGCUGCUCCAACAGCCUUGGGCAGUUGCCUGUUCCAGGGAACUCCAGCCUUUUGUUGUGUUUGCUGCUGCUUGGGUCUUUUUGCAAACCAUAGUACUGGGAACUGCAGUGUGGGUGUGAGCUGAGGCUGGAGUGAGCACCCAUAUCUUGCUCCCUGCACACACCCUAGCCCAAGACUCCAGGUAUGACGCAUGGCCAGACAAAACCUCUUUAUUUCAGCUGCUCUCUCCCUACAGCUCUACAAAACUGGGUGGACAGAGAGGCCUGUGCUACUCGAAGUAGACGCCGUACACUGUGGCCACAGCAAAGAGGGAGGCGUUGGAGAAAGUGGCAGAGGCAAAGCUGUCAGUCUCAGGGUCCCAUAGUCCCCGGCUGGCCACCAAGAGGCUCUGCUGGCCCUGCUGGCCCAGCACCACAUGGCAGACCAGCUUGUAGCGGGGUGGCACCACCUCCUUGGCCUGGUUCUGCAGCAGCUCAGUCAGGCUCUGCACUAGUGGGGCACUGCCCUGGGCACUGUAUGCAGUGGUCCCCAAGGCACAGGCCAGGGUCCCCUCCAGCACCUGCUGCACCCGCUCCGCAUCAAACUUGCAGCCUUUGUCUGGCCCUAUCCUGUAAGUGUUUUCAAGGUGGGUCUUGAGGAUGGGUUGGAAAAUUGGGAGCCCAGAGAAGCUAACACGUCUGUGGAGCAUCCAGGGGCCAAUGGAGGGUCGCCUGCUCCCUGGGACCAUCCCGAAGGAGCUGCGGCGGCUGAGGAUGGAGUUGCGGCGGGAGAGCAGGGGUGGUGGCUUGCUGUCCUCGGUGCCCCGGGCCGGGGCUGUGGGCUGGGACCCACGGCGUGUACUGCGCAGUGGCGGGGCUUCAGUGUUGGCUGCAGCCAGCACCUGGGCUAGCAGGGCUAUCUCGGAGAUGGGCUGCUUAGCCAUAGGGGUGGCUGUAAAGGAGAUGUACCUGAGUAUUAGGUGAGGCAGGCGUCCUGUUGCCUCUCCGUUCCCCUGCCUCUUUGCCGCAGUUCUUUUUCCCUGCCCUCUGCAUAAUCCCAUGCCUUCUGGGAUGUGAGUCUCCAUAAGACAAGAUGCAGAGGGGCUGUCUUCCCUUCUCCAGUGCCUCCAUGCCCAUCAGACUUGGUCAGCUGGGCUGAUCCAGUGUAUUAACGCAUUGUCCACACCGCCCUCUGCUUCCCCCAUCCCCAGCACUUCCCCCAGCACAGGUGACUUUUUCCCCAGUGUUCCAGUCUGCAUCCCACACUUACCCCAAGUUCCACUCCUGUCCUUCCAGAGUAAACCCAGGGGACUUGUCUCUGGUUCUGGGCAGUGACCUAUACCAAUCUUUUUAUUUUGCAAGUUGCUGUGAGGAGGGCCAAACCUGUUGUACUCCUGGAAGGUGAAGUGUUGCUAUGUGACACUGUAGGUCUCCAGGGCUGUUCUGGGGCAUGGCUUCUGUAACUCCUUGUUUCCUGGUCCCUAGACAGCCCUGUUCCCCUUCACUCCUGCCCUCUCUGCAUUUUCAGCUGUGUCAGCACAGGGAUGCAGUUACUCCAGGCAUGUGCCCUCCAAUCUCAACUCCCUGCCAGCCCUGAAAAAUGCAGGCUGGUGUUGGAUGUGCAAGAGAAGAGCAGGGGGUGGAGAAUAGCCACUGUGAGCACUACUUUGUGCCCUGACUAUGGGCUGCACUGGGGCUAGGCUCUCCAACAGCUUGAUUUUGCUCAGACAUUUGCAUCCUUAGGCUACUUAUGCCCCACUGCACCAACGGAGAGUAUGUGUGGGUGGGCACCCAUUGAAUCAUAUAAUCACAUAGUGGGCUGUGUUGGAAAGGACCUUAGAGAUCAUCUAGUUCCAAAUCAGCCGCAAUGGGCAGGGAUGCCACCCCUAGACCAGACUGCUCAGUGUCUUAUCCAGCCCAGCUUUGAACACUUCCAGGGACUGGAUGGAGCACAGCCCUGGCACGUGCCAGGGUCCCUGCUGCUGUAAUGCCUGGGGGGUGAGCAGGUCCCUGGGGGCUCCUGACCCUGGCUGGAGUUUCUCUCUGCCAGUGGAGCCCAGCCCAGCUGGUACGACAUGGCUGUUCCAUCAAUGUGCCUUUGUCUGGUCUGGCUGCCGAGCUAUUUGAGGAAAGUGGAGACUGCAUUUGUGUUUCUAUCUCCAGUCAGAGGUAUUUAUAGCCUGCCUCUGACUAGUGCUGCCAAGCACACUGCCAGCUGGACCCCAUUCCCUUGGGGUGCUGCCUCAGCUCCGAGCCCCAUUCCUGCCUGUCCCUCGCACCACCCACUGACAAGCACGGGUGGAUCACUCCAUGGGUAAUCCCCUCCUUAGGUGUCUUGGAGCCAGCCAAGGGUUGGAGAAUGGCACAGCACUUGGUUUGGGCUUAGGUGAGCAGUUGCUUUAGUGGGUUGAUCUAGUGGGUGGCAUCCCUGCCCAUGGCAGGGGGGUUGGAACUAAAUGGUCCCUUCCCACCCAAGCCUUUCUGUGAGGCUGGUGAUGUUUUUUUCCGCCUGCAAGCACCUGUACCCUAAGCAGACAUGAGAGCUGCAGGGCUCUGGCCUGGGGCAUCGCAGGAGAGAAGGCUUCCCCCAUUUCAGGGAACAAAUCUCCCUGCCGGGCUCCAGUGCUGCUGCUGGGGACUCAGCCAUGCCCAGCGGCUUUCCAUGGGGGCUGUGCAGGUGGAGGUGAGGGUGAUGUCCGUGCAUGUGCUGCCUUUUCCAAAAUCCCAGCUGCCGGCCUCUCUUCAGCCCCAUCUCUUUGCUCCGCAGCAGACAGCAGCUUGGGCCGCGACGUCCCCGUCCGUGCCAGGCGUGCCAGAGCCAAGCCCCGAAACACGGCAAGGAAUUCCACUCGCUGCAAGAGGCAGAUCAGCCCCGCUUCCCCAUCCGCGAUGUGAUGUUCGUGGUGGGCCAGGAGCAGCAGAAGGUGUUUGCACACCGCUGUGUGCUGGCGUGCCGCUGCCAGGUGUUCCGUGGCAUGCUCAGCCAGGCACCAGCGGGCAGCCAGGACUCCUCUAGCAGCAGCCCACCCCAGGGCCCCUUCAUCCUGGGCAACGUGCAGCCUGAGGUCUUCCUGGCCGUCAUUGAGUUCCUCUACACCAACAGUGUCACCCUCAACAGCCACAUAGCACUGGAGGUGCUGACCUCGUCGGUGGAGUACGGCUUGCAGGACCUGUGCAAGCUCUGUGUCAAGUUCAUCAAGGACACGCUGAGUGUGGAGCAGGUCUGCGAGGCUCUACAGGCUGCAGUGACCUAUGGGCAGGUGGACCUCCAGCAGCACUGCCUGGCCUUCAUCGAGGGCUGCACUGCGGUACGGUGGCAGGCAGUGGUGCGGACCCAGGGCUUCCGUGAGCUCUCCGACGUGGUGCUGGCGCGGGUGCUGCGCAGUGACCGCCUGGAUGUGGAUGAGCUGGACCUGGUGCAGGCUGUGCGGGAGUGGGCACACGUCAGCUCGGCUGUCCUGGAGCGUCCGGUGCCAGAGGUGGCUGCCUUGCCAGUGAGGGAGCUGCGUCUGCCCUUGCUGGCACCCAGUGAACUGGUGACACUGGAGAGCUACAACCAGCAGGAUCUCCUCAUCCCGGUGGAGAACAUCGCGGCAGCCUGGCGUGCCCAUGCACUGAGGAGGGGCAGUGGGGUGCCCUCCCGCCUCUGCCGUCCCCGCCGGGGCACACGGCCCCGUGACCAUCACCGUCACCUUGAGCCACAUGCCAAGUAGGGGCUGGGCAACGAGUUUUGUCCAGCCCAGCUAGGGACUCUGUAGCAAGGCAGGCAGUGGGGCUGGGCACUGAUGCUGCCGUGGACAAGAGCAUCGAUAAGGUGUUUUGUCACAUGUCACAGCGCCAGGGCCAGGGCAGGAUGCCUGGGUCACUCCAAAAGUGGUGCAUGGGCUGGGGGUAGGGUAGAGCUGGGCUAUGCGAUGGGUGCAAGGACACUGCAGGCUGCCCAGGUAGUGACCCAAGGGUGGUGGGGCUGCAGAGAUCCCUGCGGGAUGGGGACCCAAGAUGAGCUCCCUCUUCCCCGGGGCCGUGCUGCCCUCCCCCGGCAGCGGGGCCGUGCUGCAGUGGGAAAAAGCACCAGCAAGUGCCCGGGCAGGGACACGGGGACCCUGGGGCUUGGAGGGGGUGCAGGUGGGAGGGGACACAUGGGCAUCUUUGCACACAGUGCUGCACCGACAGGCUCCCAACCCCUGCCAAGCCCUACCAGCAGGCCACACACACAGAGGACAGGCUGCCAGCUCCACCAUGUGCCACACACAGUGUGCAGCCCUCCUUGCACCCCCCAUUGAGUGUGUGCACACAGCUGGGUCUGUCUCAAGCACACAUACCCCCUUCCAGCUGUGUUCCCCAGGAGAAAGGGCCGGACACAGCAGGUAAUUUAUAUAUAAUAUAUAUAUUUACUCUUUAAAAAUAAACCUUCAGUCCCCACUACCGCCUGUACAAACUACAAAAAUAAACCUUUGCUCUCUUUGAUAUAAAUAA